AAAAUAGAGAAAAAUAAACAGCCUUAGGCCCAAACCCAAAAAAAUCCAAAGAUCCCUUAUCUACACGUGAUACUGAUAAAAUUUAUCAAAAUUAUCAAUCUCGCCGUUCUUCCACAAUCAGACGUUCCCUUUGCGCCCAUCCAACCCACGAUAACCAUCUCCCAAACAACUUAAUAAUGGCACCAAGAAGGAAGGAAGUGGAAGCGGAGCCACCUGCAUCUAUACCUGCAGAAGAUGUACAGAUGGAGGAGGUACCCGCAGAGUCUGAAGGCGAGAUCCUCAUGCGCGAAGAUCCGCAUAACCCGGCCGCGAUGAUGUUCCAAGAACAGAGACUUCGUAUUGUAAGAGCGCAGAAAAUUCCCUAGGAAUAUUGGGUCGUUUCCAUAGGAGAGUGUACUAAUUUGGUGGAAUUUAGCUCCCUGGGUCGACGGAUAAAGCUGCUUCUUUUGAGUUCAAGAAGGAAGAUCAUACACUGGGGAAUGCAUUGAGAUAUAUUAUCAUGAAGAAGUAUGUUAAAUUCCUAACUGCCUGCUAAAAGUUGAGAUUAAUUUAUGUUAAUGAUAUUGAUUGCAGUCCUGAUGUCGAAUUCUGCGGUUAUUCAAUACCACAUCCUUCGGAAGAGUUAAUGAACGUUCGAAUUCAAACAUACGGUCAGUAUCAUUCGUUCCAUAUCUCAUGGAGCCAAUUAGCUAAUCGUAUGAUAGAUUAUUCCGCUGAAGAUGCUUUGAGAAAAGGGUUAGAUGAUUUGAUAGACCUUUGUGAUGUGGUUGCCGAUAAGUUCACAGAGGCACGGGAGGCGCAUGCCUCUAAGAUGGAGGCAUAAAGCAGGUAAUAUAUUGGGUAUGAUAUCUUAGAUAAAAAGGCAUGGCAAGGCGUAUAAAAGGGGAGGUUCUCAUGGAGUUCAAUUGAGGUUCAUUGGGAUAUGUACAAAGCGACAAA